GGAAAAAGGGCUCAGCCAAUGAGAUAGAGCGGCCGAGCGGGAGGUGACAGUUCAAACCGGCAGUGGCCCAGGAGCGGCGCCAUGGUGAACCAGCCACAGCCCUGCGCGAUGCUGGCGGGCGACUUUGACUCCUCGGAUGAAGGCGACGCUGAGGAGGAGACGAAGCCGCUCCUCAUCUCCUGGUUGUCUUUGCCUCCUGUCUACUCUUCUGAGCUCCUGGGAUUAUGUUCUCUUCCAGGUUGCAGGUUUAAGGGUGUUAGAAGAAAUCUUCAGAAAGAUAUAGAAGAACUAAAGAGCUGUGGAACCCAGGAUAUAUUUGUGCUCUGUACCAGAGGAGAGCUUUUAAAAUACCGAGUACCCAACCUAAUAGAUGCCUACCAACAGCAUGGGAUCUGUGUGCACCACUAUCCUAUUCCUGAUGGGGACACUCCUGAAAUUGCCAAGUGCUGUAAAAUCCUGGAAGAGCUCAGAAGCUGCCUGGAAAGUAACCGGAAAACAAUCAUACACUGUUAUGGUGGCCUUGGACGCUCAUGUCUCAUAGCUGCGUGUCUCCUGCUUCAGCUUUCGGAUGCUCUGGCACCUCAGCAAGUGAUCGACAGCCUCAGAAACCUGAGAGGAUCUGGGGCGAUACAAACCAUCAAGCAAUACAAUUAUCUCCAUGACUUCCGAGAGAACCUGGCUGCACACCUGGUGACAAAGAACACAACACCGAGAUCGGUGUCACGGUAACUAAUACCGGCGUGGUGUGUCUGUGGCAGGCAGACACCCGUGCAAGACACCUCGCUCCUGACCUUUACAGUCUCCUCAUCGGUACUGCCUGUAUGACACAGCUGCUCGCUUCCAAAUCUAUGUAAAGCUUUGGGGUGCGGGGGAAGGAAAUCCUACAGGACGUGCAGCAUCUUCCUCUAUUUGGUAGUCUUUAAUACGCACAGCCUUAAAAACACAUGGAAGUGUACUUGUGUUCAUUGCUGUUCUGCUGGUGGCCUGCAUGCCUCGUGAGCUUUGUAAUAUAAUGACUCUUACACAA